AUGAAAGAAGGCUUAUGGUUGGUCGCAAUAGCUGCAACCAUCCUGGCUGCAGCAGACCUAGGAGCAACCCAUCAACAUCAAAGAACAAUACCAACGGAAUGUCCUGCCGAUGAUCCUUUCGAUACAACGGUUCUUCUAGCUCAUGAAUCAGAUUGUAGCAAAUUUUACGUUUGCUUUUUAGGGGAAAAAAUAUUGAAAGAUUGUCCUUAUGAAAACAAUAAAGGCGAUCGGCUACAUUUUAAUCCAUUUAAACAGGUUUGUGAUUAUCCAGCUGAUGCAGGUUGUUUAACGCCCUCAAUAUCGGGUAAAAAACUAAUAACGCCAGCAGCUAAGCAACUAACCAACAAAGCAGAUACUAAAUUAACACCGCUAGUAACAUUACUAACAACGCCGCGUAACAUACCAUCGUCAUUAAUUAACUCAUCAAAUGUAAUCAAAUAUAAACCACAUCAGUGCGAAUAUAAUUUAUAUUACAAAAUUAUCAAUGGUAAUGAAAUACUUGAUCAAUGUGAAAAUAAUUUCCAUUGGAAUCAAGAAUUGGAAGACUGUUACAAACCAGAUGAAACGGAAUGCACGGCAAAAGGAAUCUCGGUGACAUAUUUAGAGUUACCAUUUGACGUAAGUUGUAUCGAUGGAGAAUUUUAUAUCCAUGAGUGUAGUUGUGUCCAAUAUUAUCAAUGCGUUUCUGGAAAUAAAGUUUUGAAAUCAUGUGAGAAAGGAUUGUAUUGGGGUCAACAACAAAGAAAAUGCACGACUCCAGAGGAAGCCAAUUGUCCACACGAAAAACCAAAAGAGUGUACGGAAGGUUCAACCAAGCCACAUCCAUGUGAAUGUAACUUAUAUUAUAAGUGCAUAAAUGGUCAAUAUAUUUUAAGGGAAUGUCCCGAUGGAUUGCAUUGGAGCAAGGAUCAAUGCUCACAAUAUUACAAGUGUAGUGAUAAUAGAUGGAAUUUACAACAAUGUCCCGGUGGAUUGCAUUGGAGCAAGGAUCGUCAAAUUUGUACUACUCCAGAGGAUGCUAAAUGUAUCAAAAUAUGUGACGAGGGUAAGCACAAACCAGACGAUGACAAGUGCGAGGUAUAUUACGAAUGCAAAGAUAACCGAUGGGAACUUAAGUACUGUCCCGGUGGACUCCAUUGGGAUCGAGUAAGAGACACGUGUUCAACACCUGAAAGUGCUAAUUGUCCAUGGGACUGUAAGGAAGGCUCUUUCUUACCUCAUGAAUGUGAAUGUAACAUUUACUAUAAGUGCAUAAAUUACCGAUACGUUAGAAAGGUAUGUCAAAAUGGAUUACAUUGGGAUAGGACGCAUAAUAACUGCACCUCACCCGAUCAAGCAAACUGUCCAAAUUAUCAUCCGAAAAUUUGCGAGGAAGGUUCUUACAAACCUGACGAUAAAAUAUGCGAGAUAUAUUACAAAUGUGAAAAUAAUCAAUUCGUUCAGAAAACUUGUCCAGCUGGAUUACAUUGGAAUAGAGUAAGUAACAUUUGCUCCGAUCGAGAUUCAGCAAAAUGUCCAAAUUAUCAUCCGAAAAUUUGCGACGAAGGUUCUUACAAACCUGACGAUAAAAUAUGCGAGAUAUAUUACAAAUGUGAAAAUAAUCAAUUCGUUCAGAAAACUUGUCCAGCUGGAUUUCAUUGGAAUAGAGUAAGUAACAUUUGCACCGAUCCAGCAUCAGCAAAUUGUCCUAACGCACCUCGCAAUUGUGUCGAAGGUUCUUUCAAACCUCAUGAUUGUCAAUGCGACAUAUACUACGAGUGCCAAAAUAAUCAAUACGUUCAGAGAAAAUGUGUAGAUGGAUUACAUUGGGAUAGGACACAUUAUAAUUGCACACUUCCAGACCUAGCACAUUGUCCAAAUUAUCAUCCGAAAAUUUGCGACGAAGGUUCUACAAAACCUCAUAAUUGUAAAUGCAACUUAUAUUACAAGUGCAUAAAUAAUCAAUUGGUAUUAAAGGAAUGUGAAAAUGGAUUACACUGGGAUAGAUAUAAUAAAUUGUGUGCAUUACCUGAUAGAGCAAAAUGUCCCAACUAUCAUCCAAAAAUUUGCGACGAAGGUGCUCACAAGGCUGACGAAACGGAAUGCGAUAUAUAUUACGAAUGUCAAAAUAAUACAUAUGUCAAACUAAGAUGUUCAAGCGGAUUACAUUGGGAUCGUACACAUAAUUAUUGCACAACACCCGACAAAGCAAAUUGUCCAAACUAUCAUCCAAAAAUUUGUGAAGAAGGUACUUACAAACCGGACGAUAAGAUAUGCGAAAUAUAUUACAAAUGCGAAAAUAAUCAAUUCGUUACGAAGGCUUGUACAGGUGGAUUACAUUGGAACAGAAUACAGAAUAUUUGUACCGAUCCAGAUUCAGCAAAAUGUCCAAAUUAUCAUCCAAAAAUUUGUGAAGAAGGUACUUACAAACCGGACGAUAAUAUAUGUGAAGUAUAUUACAGAUGCGAAAAUAAUCAAUUCGUAAAGAAGACUUGUACAGGUGGAUUACAUUGGAACAGAAUACAAAAUAUUUGUACAGAUCCAUCAUCAGCAAAAUGUCCAAAUUAUCAUCCACGAGUAUGCGAAGAAGGUUCUUACAGCCCUCAUGAAUGUCAAUGUGAUGCAUACUAUAAGUGCAUAAAUAAUGAAUUGAUUUUGCAAUAUUGUCCAUCCGGCAAAUAUUGGAAGCGAACAGAAAAUAUUUGCACCGAUCCCAAAAUAGUCUUUAUAAAAAACAAUUGCUGGGAUUUACAGGUAUGCGUAAAACAAGAAAAUGCAAAUUGCAAAAAUAAAAAUGAAGAGACCAGAAACAUUGAUAUAGCUCCUAUAUCUUCAAAAACACAUGAUUCUUUACCGCAACCAGUUGAUAAAUUAUUUAACGCUGCCUCAAUAAAUCCUAGAGGAGUUCCAGAUCAUUGUCCAGCUCAUGACUCUGGCGAGGUGGUACAUUUGCCGCACGAAACAAAUUGUACAUUGUUUUACAAAUGUGUUGAAGGAAAUAAAGUUCUUCAUCAAUGCCCACCUACUUUACAUUUUAAUCCAGUAAAACAAGUAUGCGAUUUACCACAAUUUGCCAACUGCACUAGCAAACCAAAUAAAGAUGUAGAUGAACCACAAGAAAUAGAAGAACAUUCAUCAGGUGAAUCACUUGCUCAAUCAUCGACAAAACGUCCUACGAAACAAGGUAUUCCAGAUCAUUGUCCAGCACAUGACUCUGGCGAGGUAGUACAUUUGCCACACGAAACAAACUGUACACUAUUUUACAAGUGUGACGAAGGUAGAAAAGUUCUUCAUCAAUGCCCACCUACCUUACAUUUUAAUCCAGUAAAACAAGUAUGCGAUUUGCCACAAUUUGCUAACUGUACAAGCAAACCAAACGAUGAAGUAGACGGACAAGAAGAAAUAGAAAAUAAAUUAACAACAUCGCAAGUUAAAACAACAAGUCCCCCUAGUACUAAGAAACCAGGUGGAAUUCCAGAUCAUUGUCCUGAACAUAACACUGACGAAGUAGUACAUUUACCACACGAGACAAAUUGUUCGCUGUUUUACAAGUGUGACGAAGGUAGAAAAGUUGUUCUUCCAUGUCCGCCAGGCCUACACUUUAAUCCAAAAUGGCAAGCAUGUGAUUUACCACAAAAUGUAAACUGCACAAAUAAGCCAGGCAAUGGAGACGGAAGUCAAGAACAAGAAACUACAUCUCCAGAACCACAUGUUCCGGUAACAACAGAAAGCCCUAGUACAACAAAACCAGGUGAAAUUCCAGAUCAUUGUCCUGAACAUGACAACGGUAAAGUAAUACAUUUGCCACACGAGACAAAUUGUUCGCUUUUUUACAAGUGCGAUGAAGGUAGAAAAGUUGUUCUUCCAUGCCCGCCAGGACUACAUUUCAACUCAAAAUUGCAAGUGUGUGAUCUCCCACAAAAUGUAAACUGCACCAAAAAGUCAGAUAAUGGAGUAGACGGACAAGAAGAAAUAGAAACUAAACCUCCAACAUCGCAAGUUACAACAACAACAAGACGCCCUAGUACUAAUAGACCAGGUAUUCCAGAUCAUUGUCCAGCACAUGACUCUGGCGAGGUAGUACAUUUGCCGCACGAAACAAACUGUACACUAUUUUACAAGUGUGACGAAGGUAGAAAAGUUCUUCAUCAAUGCCCACCUACCUUACACUUUAAUCCAGUAUUACAAGUAUGUGAUCUACCACAAUUUGCUAAUUGUACGAUCAAAUCAGGUAAUGAAGUGGAAGUUAAUCAAGAAUUAUCAGAUGAUACAGCACAAAUUUCAUCGGAUUCUGUUCGGGCACCAAAAGAAUGUCCACCAGAUGAUCAUGAGAAAUUGGUGCACAUUCCUCAUGAAACAAAUUGCUCUCUCUUCUAUAAGUGCAACAGAGGACAAAAAAUACUUCAUCAAUGUCCACCAACUUUACAUUUCAACCCACAUUUGAAUAUCUGUGAUUUGCCAGAAAAUGCUAAAUGUGAAAGCAAACCUCAAGAGGAAGUUGAUAUAGAUCAAGAAUUAACAGAGGAUGUAGCACAAAUUUCGUCGGAUUCUGUUCGCGCACCAACCGAAUGUCCAGCUGAUGAUUAUAACAAAUUGGUUCACAUUCCUCACGAAACAAAUUGCUCUCUCUUCUAUAAGUGCAACAGAGGACAAAAAAUACUUCAUCAAUGUCCACCAACUUUACAUUUCAACCCACGUUUGAAUAUCUGUGAUUUGCCAGAAAAUGCUAAAUGUGAAAGCAAACCUCAAGAUGAAGUUGACAUAGGUCAAGAUUUAGCAGAUAUUUUUAAAGAUGUGGUUGUAUAACCUGUUACAAGAGAUUGUCGUAACUUCGGUGAAGUAGAAUAUUUGGCCCACGAAUCUAAUUGUUCACAGUUUUGUAAAUGUAU